AUGACUUCGCAAACCCCAUCUCCCACCCACCUCCGGACUCUCUAUCGCAACCUCCUCCGCCACCUUCCCCCUAGACCCGUCCUCUCCUCCCCGCGCGCUCCCCUCCACCAAGCCCUGCGCUCAGCCUUUGAACAACCGCUCCCCGUCUCUCCUCCCGUCUCAACGGCUGCCACGACCUCUGCGACUCCAGCCGAAUACACGCGCGCGGUUCAAGCCGCACAGGCGGAGCAAUACCUGGCGUUCUUAAAGGCGCAGCAGACAUAUGUCGAGUUGCUGGAGAGGUAUAACCCGGGGAUGUACAUGGAGCAAGAUGAGAAGGUGAGGUUGUCGGCUAGGAAGGUGGGGUUGGAGUUGCCGAAGCAGUUUGGGGAGGAGGGUGAGGGGGAGGAUGGGGAGAAGCAAUGA